AUGGAUACGGACAUCAUGAAUACUCCCAUUAAAAGGAUAUCGAAACUUUCGAUUAAAUCACCAAAUUUAAAACAGAUCAUGGUUGAUAAAGGUUAUAGUAAUACUAUAAGUGAUGUUGUAUUGAAUGAGAUGAAUAAAUACAUUGAUAUAGACGACUAUGAAUCACCGGAUGAUUCACCUAAGCAACAUAAUAAGUUUGACAGCAUUCACAAAUCAAGUUUUAGUAAGAUGGAAUCGAUAUCAGACCAUUAUACAGUGUAUCAAAAGAAGAAGAGGAGAACUUUAACAGGAAUAGAAGAGAGUCCAGUAUUCGAAGGUAACAGUGAACUAACUAGAAAGCCUUUGAGUCCAAUUAAGAGCUUAUCACCCACUAAGCAUUUAACUCCUAAUAUAAGUCCUGACACUCAUAAAGAAUUACCAAGUCCUAAUAGAAGUCAAAGUCCUAAUAAAAGUCCUAAUAAAAUUAGCCCCAGUAAGAAGUCUUACAAUUUAAAUGAUAUCUUGACAAGAAAGAUAUCUUAUCCAAAGUCUAGGACCCCAUCACCUUUGAAGGAUAAAUCUAAUUUACAGUCUAAGCCAUUACCAAAGGUACCUUCGAUGGUCACAGAGAAACCUAGAAUACCUUCAUUACAGCAUCAAAGUUCCAUUCCCAAGUUGCAAGCCAAGACAUCAGUUCCUUCAUUCAGACAGUCAAAUAUUAAAAGUUCCAUACCGACAGUGAAGAAUUCAAUAACGAGUCAAAACACUUCCAUACCCACAUUAAAUCACAAAAGUUCCAUACCCACAUUAAAUCACAAGAGUUCAAUACCAACCCUAAAUCACAAGAGUUCUACUCCUACAUUGAAUCACAAGAGUUCUAUUCCUACAUUGAAUCACAAGAGUUCUAUUCCUACGCUAAAUCACAAGAGUUCAAUCCCCACACUCAACCAUAAGUCUUCAAACACAUCCAUAAAUACAUCUAAGAUACCAACAUUACAGAAAAAACCAUCAUCAAUUAAUCAACCUAAAUUAUUUACCGACUUUGUCAAACCGAAGGCCAAUGUGGUCAAACCUAUCACAACGUUCAACCAAACCACCAAUGUCAACCAUUUUGGAUUUAACCCUAAUAAUGCCCAAUUUAAUGCCGAAUUCGAGAGAAAUUUGAAGAGGAAAUCAUCCAACCAAUCAUUAAGAUCAGUUACAUUUAAUUACGAAAGACCAACAUUUUCAUCAAGUAAAAAAUGUAAAUAG